AAGAACAGCUCUUGACAAAAAAAAAAAAGAGUUUAGGGUUUGACUGGAAGGCAAAUUUUGUGAAAUUCAAAGAGAGAGAGGAGAGAGAGAGAGAGAGAGUCGAAUCAGAUGAGUCCGGCAACUUCGGGAGUCGCCGGCCCCAGAUCGAGCUUCGACCACUGAUAUUUUCACUUUUAGACAGAGAGAGAGAGAGAGAGAGAGAGGAGACAUAUGUGUAGAGAGAGAGAGAGAGAGACGUAAUUAGGACGUUGGGAUCGGAGCAGAAAAGGGCUUUUAAACGACAGCGGAUUAUCGGGACCCGCGUGAAUUUUGGAGGGAUUUGCAGUUGGGAGGAGUGUGACAAUUGAUAUUCCCUUUUGUGUGUGUUUUGUGUUGUGUUGUUUCGACAGAGUAAUCUUGCAUGCAAUCGGGAGGAGGGACGCAGCAGGGACAUGGCAGCGGAGCGGCUGGCCAUGGGCGGAACGUGGCCUCUUCUUCGGCCUCGCCGUCGUCCUCUUCGUCGGCUGUAUCGGCGCCCCAUUUCGGGUUUGAUUCAAUGCAGCAGCAACAGCAGAGGCAGUCAUUGCAGCAACAAUUUCUCAGAAAACCCGAGGGAAAUGAACCUAUUCUGGCAUAUCAAGCUGCUAAUCUACAUGGAAUGUUGGGAGGAGGAAAUUUUGCUUCUCCUUCUGGUGUGAUGCAACUGCCUCAACAAUCCAGGAAAUUUAUUGAUUUGGCUCAACAACAUGGUGCUACUCUCAUUCGGGAGGAAGGACUAAAUAGAACUCAAGGCAUGGAGCAACAAGUGCUUAAUCCAGUCCAGCAGGCUUAUCUUCAAUAUGCUUUACAGGCAGCUCAACAGAAGUCAUCCCCUAAUAUCCAGUCCCAGCAACAAGCAAAAAUGGGAAUGGUAGGGCCUCUGUUGGGGAAAGAUCAGGAAACAAGGAUGGGCAAUCUGAAGAUGCAGGAGCUCAUGUCUAUUCAAGCUGCUAAUCAGGCCCAGGCAUCAUCAUCCAAGAAACCACCUGAACAUUUUACUCGUUCUGAGAAGCAGACAGAGCAAGUACAACAGGGCAUUUCUGAUCAAAGGAGCGAUCCAAGGCCUCAAAUCCAGCCAGCAUCUGUGGGUCAGUUAAUGCAUGGGAAUGUUGUAAGAGCUAUGCAGGCACCACAACUUCAACAGAACAUCCAGAACAUGGCAAACAACCAGGUCACAAUGGCGGCACAGAUGCAGGCAAUGCAGGCAUUGGCACAAGAGCGUAAUAUUGACUUGUCACAUCCACUGGCUCAGUUGUUUCCCCUCAUGCAGUCUAGGAUGCUUGCACAGCAGAAGGCAAAUGAAAACAACAUGGGUGCACAAUCUCCACCAGUCUCAAUGCCAAAGCAGCAGGUUACUUCUCAACAAGUUGCAAGUGAGAAUUCUCCCCAUCAAAAUUCAUCUAGUGACAUGUCUGGACAGCCUGGCCCCACCAAAGCUAGGCAGACAGUUGCCCCUGGACUGUUUGGUACUGCUCCAAAUGCUACAGCAGUUAAUAAUGCUAACAGCAUUCCAGCACAGCAGUUCUCUGCUCAUAGCAGAGAGAACCAGGUCCCUCCAAGACAGGCAGUGGUGAUUGGUGAUGGAGUACCUCCUAUGCAUCCACCAUUAUCAUCUGUGAAUUUGAACCAGGGCAUUGAGCAUUCACCUCAUUCCCAUGUGAAAAGCACAUUGACUGGUCCAGAGGCCUUGCAAAUGCAGUAUGCAUGGCAAUUGAACCGGUCUUCUCCACAAUCUGCGGCAUCAUCCAUGGAUGGAGGUGUAGGAACUUCCUUUUCAUCUCAAAGUGGAGCUGGUCCCCAGAGUCAACAGCAACGUACCGGGUUUACCAAACAGCAACUGCAUGUUCUUAAAGCACAAAUAUUAGCAUUCAGGCGUCUGAAGAAGGGUGAUGUGACUCUUCCACAAGAACUACUUCGAGCAAUUGUUCCACCUCCCCUUGAAAUGCAACUGCAACAGGUUUUUCUCCCAGCUGGAACAAGUAAACAGGAGAGAUCUGUUGGGAAAAAUGCAGAUGACCAUGCAAGACAGUCUGAGUCUGGCGAGAAAGAUCCUCAGGUUGUAGCAUCAUCUAGUGGGCUGAGAAAUUUGAAAGAGGAAGCUUCUGCAAGUGAUGAGAAAGCAAAUUCGAUGGCAGUUCAUUCUCAAGGCAUGACUAGUGUGUCAAAAGAACCUGUGCCAGUGCAUCCUUCUGAAAAGGAAGGGCAGCUAGCUGCUGUAUUUCCCAUUAAACCAGAGCAGGAAGUUGAACGUACUAACCAAAGACCUACUACUAAAGGCGAUUUUACAGGUGAUCGGGGAAAGGCAAUUGCCUCACAGGUUGCAGUAUCUGAUGCAAUGCAAGCUAAGAAACCUGUACAGCCAAGCAAUGCGCUGCAGCCAAAAGAUGUCAGCUCUACCAGGAAGUAUCAUGGACCACUUUUUGAUUUUCCCUAUUUCACUCGUAAACAUGAUUCAUUUGGGUCUGGGAUGAUGAUGAACAACAACAAUUUGAUGUUGGCAUAUGAUGUCAAGGACCUGCUUCUUGAGGAAGGCAUGGAAGUACUUACCAAGAAAAGGGCUGAAAAUUUAAGGAAAAUCAGUGGUUUACUAGCAGUGAACUUGGAGAGGAAAAGGAUUAGACCAGAUCUUAUUCUAAGGCUGCAAAUUGAAGAAAGGAAACUUCGUCUUUCGGAUGUUCAGGCACGCUUGAGGGACGAAGUUGAUCAACAGCAGCAAGAGAUAAUGGCAAUGCCUGACAGGCCAUAUCGAAAGUUUGUCCGACUAUGUGAGCGUCAACGCAUGGAGCUUUCUAGGCAAGUGCAAGCUUCUCAGAAAGCCAUGAGAGAUAAACAGCUGAAAUCCAUUUUUCAAUGGCGUAAGAAGCUUCUUGAGGCUCAUUGGGCCAUCCGUGAUGCAAGGACUGCCCGUAAUAGGGGAGUUGCAAAAUAUCAUGAGAGGAUGUUGAGGGAGUUCUCAAAAAGAAAAGAUGAUGAUCGUAAUAAAAGGAUGGAAGCAUUGAAGAACAAUGAUGUUGAGAGGUACAGAGAAAUGUUACUGGAGCAGCAGACUAGUGUCCCUGGUGAUGCUGCUGAGAGAUAUGCUGUCCUCUCAUCUUUUUUAACACAAACAGAAGAGUAUCUACAUAAAUUGGGAAGUAAAAUAACAGCUACCAAGAAUCAACAGGAGGUUGAGGAAGCAGCUAAUGUUGCUGCUGCUGCUGCGCGAGCUCAGGGUCUCUCUGAAGAAGAGGUAAGAGCUGCGGCAGCUUUGGCUAGAGACGAAGUAAUGAUACGCAAUCAAUUCUCUGAAAUGAAUGCACCCAAGGAUAGCUCAUCUGUUAACAAGUAUUACAAUCUUGCACACGCAGUGAAUGAAAGGGUUCUAAGGCAGCCGUCAAUGCUAAGGGCUGGAACCUUACGGGAUUAUCAACUUGUUGGAUUGCAAUGGAUGCUCUCUUUGUAUAACAACAAAUUAAAUGGAAUUUUGGCUGAUGAGAUGGGUCUUGGGAAGACUGUACAGGUGAUGGCAUUGAUUGCGUAUCUGAUGGAGUUCAAAGGAAAUUAUGGCCCACAUCUUAUCAUUGUCCCAAAUGCGGUUUUGGUUAACUGGAAGAGUGAGUUCCAUAAUUGGCUGCCAUCUGUGUCUUGCAUUUUCUAUGUUGGAGGGAAGGAUCAACGAUCUAAAUUGUUUUCUCAAGAAGUUUCAGCCAUGAAAUUUAACGUCCUUGUGACAACUUAUGAAUUUAUCAUGUAUGACCGGUCAAAACUCUCAAAAUUGGAUUGGAAAUACAUCAUAAUUGAUGAGGCACAACGCAUGAAAGACAGGGAAUCAGUUCUAGCUCGAGAUCUUGAUAGAUAUCGUUGCCAGAGGCGCCUACUUCUCACUGGGACCCCUCUGCAGAAUGACCUCAAAGAACUCUGGUCACUUCUAAAUCUUCUUCUUCCUGAAGUUUUUGAUAACCGGAAAGCAUUUCAUGAUUGGUUUUCACAACCCUUUCAAAAGGAAGUUCCCUCACAUAAUGCAGAGGAUGACUGGCUCGAGACUGAGAAAAAAGUCAUUAUUAUCCACCGGCUUCAUCAAAUUUUGGAGCCUUUUAUGCUGCGGCGCCGUGUUGAAGAUGUGGAGGGCUCACUUCCACCCAAGGUUUCCAUCAUUUUAAAAUGUAGAAUGUCAGCUAUCCAGGGUGCCAUUUAUGAUUGGAUUAAAUCUACUGGUACACUUCGAGUUGAUCCAGAGGAUGAGAAGCGCAAGAUUCAGAAAAAUCCUACGUACCAGGUUAAAACAUAUAGGCCUCUAAAUAAUAGAUGCAUGGAGCUGAGAAAAGCUUGCAAUCACCCUUUGCUUAAUUACCCAUACUUCAAUGAUUUGUCCAAGGAUUUCCUUGUCAGAUCAUGUGGGAAAUUGUUUGUUCUGGAUAGGAUUCUUAUAAAGCUGCAGAGAACAGGACACAGAGUACUGCUCUUUAGUACAAUGACAAAACUUUUAGACAUAUUGGAGGAAUAUCUGCAGUGGCGGCGACUUGUUUACAGACGAAUUGAUGGGACAACUAGUUUAGAAGACCGUGAAACAGCUAUUGUGGACUUCAAUAGUCAUGACUCUGACUGCUUUAUCUUCUUGCUCAGCAUUCGUGCUGCUGGGCGGGGUUUAAACCUUCAGUCUGCCGACACAGUUAUCAUAUAUGAUCCUGAUCCUAACCCAAAAAAUGAAGAACAGGCAGUUGCAAGAGCCCACCGCAUUGGACAAACUAGAGAAGUGAAAGUUAUCUACAUGGAAGCAGUGGUUGAUAAAAUCUCCAGCCAUCAGAAAGAAGAUGAAUUUCGAAGUGCUGGGCUUGUUGAUUCAGAGGAUGACCUUGCAGGUAAGGAUCGAUAUAUGGGAUCCAUUGAGAGCCUCAUUCGGAAUAACAUCCAACAAUAUAAAAUUGACAUGGCUGAUGAGGUGAUUAAUGCUGGCCGUUUUGACCAACGGACAACACAUGAAGAGAGGCGUUUAACCCUGGAGACAUUGUUGCAUGAUGAGGAAAGAUACCAAGAAACUGUUCAUGAUGUUCCUUCACUGCAGGAGGUCAACCGCAUGAUUGCUAGAAGUGAUGAAGAAGUUGAACUUUUUGACCAGAUGGAUGAAGAACUUGACUGGGCGGAGGAGAUGGUGAGGUAUGACCAGGUACCUAAAUGGCUUCGAGCCAGCACUAGAGAAGUAAAUGUUACUAUGGCUAAUAUGUCAAAAAAGCCAUCAAAGAACAUCUUACUAGCUAGUAAUAUUGGCAUCGAAUCAAGUGAAAUGGCUUCUGGUUCGACUGAGAAGAAGAGGGGGAGGCCUAAGGGGAAAAAGUUACCUAUAUACAGGGAGCUAGAUGAUGAUAAUGGGGAGUUCUCUGAAGCUAGUUCUGAGGAGAGGAAUGGGUACUCUGCACAUGAAGAAGAGGGAGAAAUUGGUGAGUUUGAAGAGGAUGAAUUUAGUGGUGCGAUUGAGGCGCCUCCAGGAAAUAAAGAUCAGUCAGAAGAAGAUGGUCCAAUUUGUGCUGGUGGAUAUGAGUAUCCCCGGGCUUCUGAAAACACUAGACACAAUCAUGCAGUUGAAGAAGGUGGCUCAUCGGGAUCAUCCUCAGAUAGUCGGAGGUUGACACAGGUGGUCUCGCCUUCCAUAUCUUCCCAGAAGUUUGGAUCACUUUCUGCAUUAGAUGCCAGGCCAGGUUCUCUUUCAAAAAGAAUGCCUGAUGAAUUAGAGGAAGGUGAAAUAGUUGCAUCUGGAGACUCUCAUGUAGACCUCCAGCAAUCUGGAAGUUGGAUUCAAGAUCGUGAUGAAGGUGAAGAUGAACAGGUUUUGCAACCAAAAAUAAAAGGAAAACGCAGUAUUAGGCUUCGGACCCGUUAUACCUCAGAAAGGGCAGAGGAGAAGGACCCCAAUGAAAAGCCAUCUCACCAUUGUGGAGAUUCAUCUCAGUUGCCAUUUCAAGUGGACCAUAAAUAUGAAACACAGAGUAGGAAUGAAUCUGAAGUAAAAAUGCCUAGAGAGCUCAUUGCUGUUAAGCAUGAUCAAGGGGAUUCAUCUGUGAAAGGUAGGAGAAAUUUGUCAUCAAGGAGAACUGCAAAUAUAUCGAAAGUACAUGCUUCACCAAAAUCUAGCCGACUUGGUUCCAUAUCUGCUCCCUUGGAAGAUGUCACUGAGCACUCAAGGGAAAGUUGGGAUGGUAAACUUGUGAACUCUGGUGGAACUUCAAUUGGUGGUAGUAAGAUGUCUGAUGGCAUUCAAAGAAGGUGCAAGAAUGUAAUUAGCAAGCUUAAGAAGAGAAUAGACAAGGAAGGUCCUCAAAUUGUUCCUCUGCUAACUGAUCUGUGGAAGAGGACUGAAAGUUCUGGUUACCUCAGUGGAGCUGGAAAUAAUCUUUUGGAUUUGCAAAAGAUUGAUCAGCGAAUUGAGAGAUUCAAGUAUAAUGAAGUGACAGAGGUUGUGUCAGAUGUGCAAUUUAUGCUUAAGAGUGCAAUGCAGUAUUUUGGAUUCUCCCAUGAGGUGAGAAAUGAAGCAAGAAAAGUGCACGAUCUUUUCUUUGAUAUCUUAAAGAUUGCAUUCUCAGACACAGAUUUUCGAGAAGCCAGAAAUGCACUGUCAUUCUCUGGGUCAGUAUCGAGCUCUGCUGCUCUUAGGCAGGCAGUUCCUGGCCAGAGCAAGCGACACAAACUAGUAAAUGAAGUUGAACCUGAUGGGAACCCUUCCCAGAAGCCAUUGUCUCGGGGACCUGGUCUUAGCUGUGAAGACACAAGGAACCGGAGCCAUUUGCCUCCAAAGGAAUCAAGGACUGGAAGCAGCAGCAGGGAGCAGGAUGAUCCUCGAUUAUUAACUCAUCCAGGUGAACUUGUUAUCUGCAAAAAGAAGAGGAAGGACCGAGAAAAGUCAGCAGCAAAGCCAGGGAAUGGGUCGGCUGGCCCUGUUUCUCCCCCUAGCGUGGGUCGUGGCACUAGAAGCUCAGGUCCAGGUUUCAUGGCAAAGGAUACGAGAUCCAGUCAGCAGUCGCAAGGAUGGAGUAACCAGCCUUCUGAACAGAUAAAUGGCGGUAGUGGGUUCAUAGGCUGGGCAAAGCCUGUAAAAAGAUUGAGAACGGAUGCUGGGAAACGGAGGCCCAGCCAUUUAUGACCAACUGAAGGUUUAGUUUGUGCAUUUUGUUUUGUUUUUCUUUUUUUUUUUUUUUUUAUUUGGGGGCGGGGGUGGUGUUGGGGCUGACGGAAGAAACUUGGAGCGGCUUUGAGGUGCUGAAGUGAAGGCCUUGUCCCCCGUUAGAAAGAAAAUGCAAUGGUCAGUCAACCUUGUUAAUAUAGUGUAAGUCCUCUCUGUUGUUCUCUCUCUCUCCCUCUCUCUCUCUCUCUCUCUCUCUUGUAUCCUAAUUCUAAUUGGAGUUAAUGAUUGAUAGUUCCAUAGGUGUGCCUGGCAAGCACAACAAUCUCUCUAAAAAUUUUAUAGGCCAGCCCAGCAGCAGAUGUAAAAAUUAUCCUUUUGUUUCUGGUGAAAAUUUUCGUUUGUGGGAUCAAGGCGACAAAGUAAAGAAGCCAAGGCCUCGGUUAUAUGGCUAUGGCAUACAAAAGAAGUUGGGCACUCGAUGAGAAUUGACGAUGGUACACCCAAUCCAAUCCUAACCUGGAUCUGGGGUUUCUUUUCUUUGUUCCCUUUGGUUGGUUAAAAUGAAAAUCAGGUAAAGGAGAACUCUGUGUGAUGUGAAGAAUGCAUCUGAAGGGAAUGAAACGAAAAUGGAGAAGGCAUGCUGUUGAUAAAAUCAAGUAGUGACAAGUGUCUAGUUGUUUACUUAAAAGCAAGUCACAGGGUCUGUUCUUAGGUUUUUGGAAUUCGAACGGACCCAUCAAAUCAAUCCAACUGCCAGAUACAAUGUUUGAUUUCA